AUGUCCCCACCAGUCGUUCUGGCCGAUGACUUCAACUGCAUCGUUGAUGCAGCUGGACAAUCCAGCAGUGCCAACAGGAGACUGGACAGCUGCUCCAGACUCCUGAUGGAAGUGAACAUAAAUCAUCCUGAGGUUGCUGAUGGAGGGGCAAAGUUCAUUACAAUAUUUCGGAAAUAUAAUUCAAAGGCUACUGAAUCAGGUAUUAUGCUGAGUGCCAUUGUGAGAUGGUAUUUAGACUUAUUUGAAAAUAUGAAACCUCACCAGAACAGUGUAACCAAGGAAGCCAUUAAUGUUGUUGCAAAUGGCUUGCAAGAGUGGUUGAGAUCUGACAAGUACUUCUCUCUUCUCAAUGACCUCAAGGAAUUAGAGAAUAUCAAGUGGGAUGAUCAAUUGAUACAGCGUAAAGCAAUUCUUGAACUUGAGACAUUUCUGUCAAAGAUGAAGGAGAUUGGAAAAAAAAGGCGCAAGAGGAAUAUGUUGAGGAAACGGAGGCCUUAG